AUGCCUAAGGCUGCUAUCACGUCCCCUGUGCGCUCAGCUUCUGCCCCUUUCCAGAACCCGCAGGUCUUGCGCCGAAACCAAGCAUGCCACCAAUGCCGCCGCAGAAAACUCCCCCGAUGCCCGAUGCCCGAUGAUGCCAAACGGCCCGCUUGUUCGACCUGCCGUCGCUCCCACUCAUACGCCGUCGCACACGCUUCCCCGGGCACAGAUCUACUUCCACGCCCUGAAUGCACCUUCGAUGAGCGUGCUUCCCGAGCUCUCCCCCCAGAAAAUCAAGAGCCUAAGAACAAGUUCGAGCGGCUCGAGACUAGGAUCACUGAACUGGAGGCUCUGCUCCGCGAGAAGGAUCAAGAACUCUCGAACACCCAGUCCCGUCCAAGCUCCGCAGAGGGCUUUUCUCACUCAGCCCUUUUCUCAGGGUUCAACGACAACUUCAGCUUUCACGAUGGCUCUCAGAUCUCUCUGGACCCCUUCCCCUCUUCCACCCUCGACGACCUCGCAGGCAUUGCCUCCUUGAUGAACAGCUCUUCGAUCCAACCGUCGUCCACUCACCCGCUAGGUUUCGGCAAUAUGCCGACCACAAGCACUUAUCCCAAGAGCUGGGGUAUAGAUCAUAUCGACCCUUCUUGGCCACGGAACCUUCCCAACUUAGACAUGCUCCGCCCUCUCGUGGAAGCAUUCUUCUCCUUUGCUCCCUUGUCCAGCAAGCUGUUUCAUAGGCCGUCUUUCAUGGCUACUCUCGCGCUUCCUCCGACUCAUCCCAAGUUUCCCCUACCCGCCAUACUUCAUGCGAUGUGCGCUCUUGGUAGCAUGUACGCUCCUGAUGGCUCAGCGUCGUUUGGAUUGCCUGGAUCAGCGUUCGUUGACGAUUUUGGAAAUGCCUUUGCCGAGCUGCAGAUUUCCGCUGCGAAAGAAGUCCUUGAGUCGGCAAUGAGAGGCAGCCCUGAUAUUUUUGGCGCACUGCAAGCCCAGAUUGUGAUAGCUAUGUGGUUUUGGCAUAACGCGAGGUCUGCUUGUGUUGCUUUUGGGGCGUCACUGCGUUUCUCAGUACCUUGUGGGCUGAACGCUUGCCCUCCAUUCGAUCCAUUGGCGAGUUCGAACAUGGCUCGCGCUUCCAUCAUACCUCCUGCGACUACCCCGUACGAAGAUGAGAUGCGCCGGAACGCCUUUUGGGUUGCGUACAUUUUGGAGCGGCAUUUUGCAUCCAUCAACAACUUCGCAAUGUUUCUGGAUGACGAAGACAUCGCUCAGCUCCUCCCCAUCAAAGGGGAGAGUUUCGAGGCUGGGGAGUCUGUACCCACUUCUCUGCGGCAGUGGUCACACGACCCCAAGCUCUUCUCCACCCACGUGGACGAGAUGGACUCAUUCGGGCUUCACGUCAAGUCGACCAUUCUGAUGUCGAGGGUGAAGGUUUUCAACACGCGAUUCAGAAUCCGACGUCAUCUCGGCGACCCCAAGUACACCCCACAAAUGAUGGUUAAGGAGUACCCUGCCACUCCGAGGUUUAUGCUUUCCGUUCCGGCGUUCACAGAACUGGACAUGUCUAUCACUACGUUCCUGGAAAACCUUCCCCCUCACAUGAAGACUCCUGUGGUUAACGGCGUCAUUGACCCUGCCCUCCUAAUUGCUAUCUCUAAUGCCCACUUUGCGACGAUCAUCCUCCACGAAGGGCAUGCUAUGAUCGGCGUCGACGCCUGUAUAUCAGCGUGCAAGAUUCUUGCGGCUUCUCGCGCAAUCUUGGAUAUCAUGUACAAUGCGUACUCUACUGGGCAUAACCUGGCUCUCCUGGGGGUCUUCCCGAUGGUGUGCUGGUUUGCUGCAGGGCGUGUCCUCACUCGCUUCCUCCGGGCGGCGCUCGACGCGAAGAGCGAAAAGUACAUCCAGAUGCUUCAAACGGAGAUUGACUUCAUCAGCGGGGCGCUCCAAAGAUCUGUCAUUUGUGGAAUCGGCGACACUGUUCCACAUGCCCACCACUAUGGCAAGAUGUUGGACGACUACCUCGCGCAAGCAUGCGGGAAGACGCAACCACAGCCCUCGCGGCGCGCGACACCCCCUUCUUCGAUUCAGAUGGACACCCAGGAGAUUUCGGACGAGGACCUGAGGAUGGUCAGUAUGAACGCUCUGACAGCUGACCUUGGAAGCGGUCUGGUUGGAGUCUGA